AUGACAACGAUCGAGCCGAGCACACCAUCCCUCACCACCAACGACUCAGCCGUCCUUCAAGCGCUCUUCGACGCGGAGUCCUCCCCAUCGUCCGCAGUGGCCAUCGACUCAACCCUCCCGGCCUUACCCGCCCACCUCAACAUCCCAACAGAGACGCACGAGACCCUCAAGUCAAGGGAACUAGAGAUCGUGCGCACGCUGCAACAACCAGAGCCCUCGCUCCCCACCGUCCACAAAGCCAUCAGCGACCUGAACGCUCUCAUCACGGACGCACCCAGCUACCCGUCCGCAUACAUCAAUCGCGCCCAAGCCCGACGCCUCCUAAUCAACCUCACCCCAAUCCCUACCACCACCUCCUCCUCAAGCACACCAACAGACCCCGACACCAAGCUCUUCGCAACAACCAACCGCGCCCCCGCCUCCGCCCUGCUAGCAGAUCUCACACAAGCCAUCCAGCUAUCCAGCCCCCGCUCCCCGGCAGACCCGGUCUCACCCGCCCAAGCGCGCCUCCUGGCCGAUGCAUACACGCAUCGCGGGUACCUGCUACUGAAAGCCGCACGGUUCAAGCAAUCGCAUAAGAACGAGGUAGGGGGACCGGACCGGUUGGACGGGCUGGAGGCGCAGCAGCUGGAGGAGAUGGCCAGCGGGGAUUUCUUUCUGGGCGGUCGGUUCGGGAAUAAGGUCGCGCAGCAGUUGGCGGUGCAGACGAAUCCGUAUGCGAAGAUGUGCGGUGCGAUUGUUAAGGAGGCGUUACGGAAGGAGGCGGCUGCUGGGUCUUCAUCGGUGAUGGAUUGGUAG